UCGGAUUGCGACAAAAAAACAUGUGGUGCCUUAUCCCUUCAACUGAUCUGACUCAUCCCCUCGUGCCCAUUGCCCACCAUGAUUCUAUACUUCCUUCCCAAGCUCCCAGUCGCUUUCUCGCAUUUUUCAGCAAAUCGCCUCUUUUUCUGGGCUACUGUAGGUUUCUUCUGUUGCUUUUCCCCUCACUCUCAGUCCAUCCCUCCAUCUAAGCUCGAGUUUUUUGGAGGUUCGAACGGGUAGAGAAAGAUGGGUUCGCAAGGAGAUGCGAAGAAUGGAGGAGAAGAGAACAUGGCAGCUUGGCUGGUCGCAGUCAACACCCUCAAGAUUCAACCUUUCGAGCUCCCUUCACUCGGACCGCAUGAUGUUAGGGUAAGGAUGAAAGCGGUUGGAAUCUGCGGGAGUGAUGUUCACUACCUUAAGACCUUGAGAUGUGCACAUUUUGUGGUGGAAGAGCCAAUGGUGAUUGGCCACGAAUGUGCUGGAAUCAUAGAGGAGAUUGGUAGUGAAGUAACUCAUCUUGUCCCGGGGGAUCGUGUGGCAUUGGAGCCUGGGAUCAGCUGCUGGAGAUGCAGCUACUGCAAACAAGGAAGUUACAACCUUUGUCCCGAGAUGAAGUUCUUCGCAACUCCACCGGUUCAUGGCUCUCUCGCCAAUCAGGUGGUGCAUCCAGCAGACCUUUGUUUCAAGCUACCCGACGACAUAAGCUUGGAGGAGGGAGCAAUGUGUGAGCCCUUGAGCGUUGGAGUCCAUGCCUGUCGUCGAGCCAAUGUUGGUCCCGAGACUAAUGUCUUGAUCAUGGGAGCUGGGCCCAUUGGCCUCGUCGCGCUGCUGGCUGCUCGUGCUUUUGGGGCACCAAGGGUUGUGAUUGUGGAUGUGGACGAGUUUCGCUUAUCUGUUGCCAAGGAUCUUGGCGCUAGUGAGACUGUUCAAGUGUCUACAAAAGCUGAGGUUCUUAAACCUGCCUUUUCUCCAACCCUCAUGGGGUUAGGUUAAACCAACUACUGGAAACUUAAAGGGAGGGACUGUGAUUGCAGGAUGUGGCUGGAGAAGUGGACCUGAUAAAGAAAGCCAUGGGAGAAGCAGUGGAUAUUACUUUGGACUGUGCAGGGUUCACUAAGACCAUGACGACUGCACUGAAUGUCACAAGGCCAGGUGGCAAAGUGUGUCUCGUAGGAAUGGGUCACAAUGAGAUGACAGUGCCACUGACUCCUGCAGCCGCAAGGGAGGUAGAUGUGGUUGGGGUGUUCCGGUACAAGAACACAUGGCCGCUGUGCAUAGAUUUCUUGAGGAGUGGGAAGAUAGAUGUGAAGCCGCUGAUAACUCACAGGUUUGGCUUUUCACAGAAGGAGGUUGAAGAUGCAUUUGAGACCAGUGCUCGUGGUGGCUCUGCCAUUAAAGUCAUGUUUAACCUCUGAUCUUAGAAAGAUAGAUCGAACCCAGAGAAAGAAGGCUUACAUAUGAUUAUGCAGGUCCUAUUUGAAUUGUACAAACUGGAAAGAAAAGGUUCAUAUGUUUCGAAAUAAAGCAGGCCUGGGACCAUUUUUCUGCAUAUAUGUUGCCCUUUUCGCCUAUUUUUCCUAUUGAGAUAUCAAAUCUACCAUUUUUCAGCUUAUUCAUGCAAAUUGGGUAACUAAAAUGGAUUUCAGGCUUUUCUUAGUCGU